ACACUCCAUGUCAGAUCUUUACAACCGUGCCUUCCGAAGAGUCACCUUGAAAUCAGAUUUGGCGCAAUCUGAUCAAUUCGUUCACAUCUGCAGUACUAUGGCGCAUUCACGAUGCCCGAAAAAGCGUCGACCAAUUGCUGGACGUGUAAGCAGCGCAAAGUUGGCUGCGACCGAACACUGCCGUCAUGUCUCAAUUGCAGAAAAGGACAACGGGCUUGUCAGGGCUUUGGCCUCCGAUUGGCCUGGCCUGAUAAGCAAGACGGACGCCGCAAGCAAAAACGUUACGAAGUGAAGAACCAGGACGUCAUGACGAGAUAUCUGCCUCGCAAGAAUGGACACUUGCGGUUCUUGAACACUGUCGUGGAAGAUCUUGAUGGUUCCAAACUGUCUUUCCGAGACCUCGUCCAGGGAGAAUUCAUCGACGCCAUGUCAAAUAUUCCAAUGUCAUUGAACAUGUGCUCCAUCAACGAGCAGGAUGGCAUGUUACUCAAUCACUAUGAUAUGCAGAUAGCGCGAAUGACAACCACUAUCGAUGACGAAUCAAACGGCUUCCGGUUAGCACUGAUACCAAUGGCUCUCUCGUCGUCGGAUCUCUCCGCGCAAAGCAUACUCAACGCAACUCUAGCUAUCGCUUGUUAUCAUCUCGGCCGCCCACAGCAAGCAUUGAGGUACAAGUUUCAAGCAAUCAAAGAUCUGAGUGACAGCUUCAGUGACUUAUCAAUUGAAACUGUCGACCCUGCCACUCAGACGAGACACUUUGCAGCUUCUAUGAUGCUGUGUGUAUACGGUGUCUUCGACGAGUCCGAUACUGCGUGGGCCAUGCACCUCGAGGGCGCGAAGUCUGUCUACGAUCUAAUCCCCCAUAUAGUCAAGUCUGGGGUUGACUUCAAGUUUCUCAAACCUUGGUUUGAGUACCACGACGUCCUCCGCCAAUACACAUAUCCUCCACAAGGGACAGUUGCGCAGAUAGUACUUCCAGACAGCACAGUUGAAUCUUCAAAGAUAAUUGGGGUCCUUGGAUGCUCCACUGAGGUGCUCCAUCUUAUCCAAUGCAUCAAUCAACUCCGUGGGUCACAGGCGUCGAUAGCUUCUCCCAACAGCCCAGGAAGCCGAUCUACGAGUCCUGAGCUCAAACACCCCAAAUUGUUUUCGCAGAUCGAAACCCGCCUCCUAAACCUGCAACAAGAGCUCGUAAUUCAGUCCGGCUCCACAUCGGGGACCAUCGAUAAUCGACGCAUCGCUCUAACCGCAGAGCUGUACCGGGUCGCUGCAGCACUCUACUUCUAUCAGACCGUCCCCACGACCUUUAUCCCUGUAACCAGCUUUCGGAAAGUUCUACGUAAGGGCUUGGAGAUAUUGUGGGAGAUGAGGAUUUGUAGUAGUCCUUGGCCAUUGUUCAUUAUCGGCUCGAGCGUCACGGAGGACGAGGAUCGUAUCCGCAUUCUGGAUCUGAUGGAGAUCAGUGGCUCGAGCAGGCGGAUUGGCAAUUACACUAUCAUUAUUAACCUUCUGAAGGCUAUCUGGAAGAAGCAGGAUCUCGCGUUCGACGACAAGACGCAGAUGCAGAUUGAUUGGAGGGAACUGGUCGGAGAUGGUGGCUACAUGCCUUCGUUUAUUUGAUGAGAGGCUACAGUUGCGGCAAUGGCGAAUCGGCUCAAUGUACUACUAGAAUUGAC